CUUGCCCAGCCUGACCUAAAACCCUCCCUCACCUCACCUUAUCUUCUCAUCGCCUCGCCUCCCCCCCACCCGGCUUCCUCGAAUCCUUCUACUGCUGCCGCUGUUUUCUUGCUUCGUUGCGUGCUGGCGGAGCAAGAGGCGGCCAUGGCCACCACCACCGACGCCGCCGACCCAGUCGCGCCUCCUGUGGAGGAAGAGAGCGCUGCCCCGGCGGCCGCCGAGGAGGAGCCGCCCAAGAAAGUCGAGGAGGCUGUGGCCACCACCGACGCCGCCCCAGUCGCGCCCGCGCCCGCGCCCGUGGAGGACGAAACCCCGGCCCCGGCGGCGGCGGCGGCGGCGGCCGAGGAGGAGUCCACCAAGAAAGUCGAGGCGGCGGCGGCGGAGGAGGUGGAGGAGGAUAAGGAGGCGCCGGCGAAGGUAGUGGCGGGUGGGGGAGAGGGGGAGGAGGAGGAGGACGUGAGAUUGGAGGGGGAAAGUGAGGGUUUGGGGGGUCCGGAGGCCGAGAAUGGCCAGGCGGAGGGUGUCGGAGGAGGACACGAUGUCGGGGAGGUAAAAGAGGCGGAGGAGGAUGAUAAAGGUGGAAAUUUGGGCGUGGCGGAGGCCGAGAAGGAUGGCGGCGGCGAGGAAUUGGCGUCGGAGGACGGGGAGGCAGCCCCUUCUGGGGCCGAGCCCGUGCCGGUGGUGGAGUCCAAGUCGGAGAACGGCGAAUUGGGGGAGGGCGAUCCUUCUCUGGCUUUCCAUGAUGCACUGGAAGGUGAUGAGAAGGGCGAAUUGCAGAAGGAGGAGCAGCAGGAGGAUGAGGAGGAAAGAGGUGCUGCACUUGAGGUAGAGGUUGUGGAUAAGGUGGCAGAUGACGCCGAGGCGCCGGUGGCCGCGGAGAAACUGGAACCAGAAAUUGAGAAGGGCGAGGAGGUAGGUUCUGGGAGUGGAGAUGGCGGUGAGUUGAGCGAUGAGAAGGAGGUUGAGGUCUCUCCUCCAAGCGAGGAGGUGGCGGAACCACAGGAUAAGGUAGCCCCCGAAGCUAAUGGUGAAUUGGGUGAUGAGAAGGAAGAAAGUGAUGAUGUGGUGGCUCUUGGAGGUGAAGAAGCCCCAGAAGAAUCGACUAACAAGGAUGCUGAUGGUGAUGAUGUGGUGGCUCUUGGAGGUGAAGAAGCCCCAGAAGAAUCGACUAACAAGGAUGCUGAUGGCGAUGAUGUGGUGGCUCUGGGAGGUGAUGAAGCCCCAGAAGAAUCAACUAAGAAGGAUGCUGAUGUAGAAGACGAAGCCACCAAGCCUGAGCCACCGAGUGAGGCAAGUCCAGUGGUUCUGAAUGAUGAAAGCAUAGAGGAGCUUGCUCCUGCAACUGCUGACAGUGUGCUUGAGGAUAGUCCUGAGAAGGAGCAGAAUGCUGAUGCCCAGACCACUGCCAGUGAAGUGGUGGAAGAUGUUGGUGUCGACAAGCCCACAGAGGUUGAGAAUGUUGCUGCUCCUAGUGCUGAUGGUAUCUUGUCUCGAGAGUUGGCUCCAGAAUCAAGCAAUGAAAAUAAGGGUGCUGAUGAGAUUGAAGGCGUCACUGAGGUUGUUGAUCGUGAAGAGGAGGCUGCUGAUAAUGACAUAAUUGAGGUUGUGCCAGAUGAUGAGGAUGGGGUUGGUAAUGAGGCUGACGACGAUGAUGACGGGGCGAACUCUGACACGAGUCCCGCACGGGUUGCAAUCUUAGAGAGCUCCGAGGCCGCGAAGCAGAUCAUGAAGGAGCUUGCAGAAGGCUCUAGUGGUAGUGUCUCAAGAGACUUCACCAAUAGCAUGGAUGGGCAGAUUAUGCUUGAUGAUUCUGAGGAUGACGAGGAUGAUGAUGAUAAUGAUGAUUCGGAUGAGAAGGGAUUUGAUUCUGCUGCCUUGGCGGCCCUUCUGAAAGCAGCAACCGGUGGAUCCUCAGAUGGGAAUAUCACAGUUGCUUCACCAGAUGGUUCUAGAAUAUUCACCAUGGACCGACCUGCUGGUCUUGGUUCAUCAGCCCCUUCUCUGAGGCCAACUGCACCUCGCCAACCUGCCCGGUCAAACCUAUUCAGCCCCUCGGAGCUAGCAGUUACUGCUGACCCUACAGAAGAGAUGACAGAGGAAGAGAAGAAGCUACACGACAAGGUUGAGUUGAUUAGAGUAAAGUUUCUGCGUCUGGUUUACAGACUAGGAGCUACUCCUGAAGAAACGGUUGCGGCACAAGUGCUGUACCGUCUGAGCCUUGCUGAGGGUAUCCGGCAUGGUAGGCAGACAAACCGAGCAUUCAGCCUUGAUAAUGCGCGGAGGAAAGCCUUACUUCUUGAAGCAGAGGGAAAGGAGGAACUGAACUUCUCAUGCAACAUACUUGUUCUAGGAAAGACUGGAGUUGGCAAAAGUGCAACUAUCAACUCUAUAUUUGGUGAAGAGAAGUCCAAAACUGAUGCCUUCAGCUCAGCAACCACUAAUGUGCGGGAAAUCAUUGGUGAUGUGGAUGGUGUCAAGAUUAGAAUCAUUGAUACACCUGGCCUUCGACCCAACGUUAUGGACCAAGGAUCAAACAGAAAGAUUCUUGCUGCUGUCAAGAAAUAUACCAAGAAAUGUCCGCCAGAUAUUGUUCUAUAUGUGGAUCGUCUGGAUAGUCUUAGCCGUGAUCUCAAUGAUUUGCCUCUUCUGAAGACCAUUACUGCUGUUCUUGGCUCAUCCAUAUGGUUCAAUGCCAUUGUUGCACUCACACAUGCUGCCUCUGCACCUCCUGAAGGCCUCAAUGGUGCUCCCAUGACAUAUGAGGUCUUGAUGGCUCAGAGAUCCCACAUCAUCCAGCAGUCCAUCAGGCAGGCUGCUGGAGAUAUGCGCUUGAUGAACCCAGUAGCCCUUGUUGAGAACCAUCCUUCAUGCAGGAAAAACCGUGAGGGCCAGAAAGUGCUUCCGAAUGGCCAAAGCUGGAGGCAUCAGAUGCUACUUUUGUGCUACUCCUCGAAGAUAUUAUCAGAAGCCAACUCACUUCUGAAGCUUCAGGAUCCUAAUCCUGGAAAGCUUUUUGGCUUCCGCUUCCGCUCCCCACCUCUUCCUUUCUUGUUGUCCUCACUCUUGCAGUCUAGAGCCCACCCGAAACUUUCUGCUGAGCAGGGUGGCAAUGAAGGUGAUUCUGACAUUGAAUUGGAUGACUAUUCUGAUGUAGAACAAGACGAUGACGAAGAAGAAUAUGAUCAGCUUCCACCUUUCAAGCCUUUGACCAAAGCUCAGCUUGCAAGGCUCACAAAGGAGCAGAAGAAUGCUUAUUUUGAUGAGUAUGACUACAGGGUCAAGCUUCUCCAGAAGAAACAAUGGAAGGAUGAGAUCCGCAGGUUAAAGGAGAUGAAGAAGAGGGGGAAAACUGAUCUGGAUGACUAUGGGUAUGCAAGUAUCGGUGGUGAGAACGAUCAGGAUCCUCCUCCAGAGAAUGUAUCAGUUCCCUUACCUGACAUGGUGCUGCCUCCUUCAUUUGACUGUGACAAUCCCACAUACCGGUACCGCUUUCUGGAGCCAACUUCGACUGUCCUAGCAAGGCCUGUUUUAGAUGCGCAUGGAUGGGAUCAUGACUGUGGUUAUGAUGGAGUGAGCGUUGAAGAGACACUAGCUAUCCUUAGCAGGUUCCCAGCAAAUGUAGCAGUUCAGGUCACCAAGGACAAGAAGGAAUUUAGCAUCCAUCUGGACUCUUCCAUUGCAGCAAAGCAUGGAGAGAAUGCAUCAUCGCUUGCUGGUUUUGAUAUCCAGACUGUUGGGCGGCAGCUUGCAUAUAUUCUCCGUGGCGAGACAAAAAUCAAGAAUAUCAAGAAGAACAAGACCACUGGAGGGUUCUCAGUAACUUUCCUGGGCGACAUUGUGGCAACUGGACUGAAGGUCGAGGACCAGCUCUCCCUUGGGAAGAGGUUGUCACUAGUUGCCAGCACUGGCGCGAUGCGAGCCCAAGGGGACACUGCAUAUGGAGCUAACUUGGAGGCACGUCUGAAGGACAAAGACUAUCCGAUUGGCCAGUCGCUCUCAACCUUGGGUCUCUCUCUGAUGAAGUGGCGCCGGGACCUUGCUCUGGGCGCAAACUUGCAGUCCCAGUUCUCAAUCGGAAGGGGGUCGAAGAUGGCAGUUCGACUUGGUCUGAACAACAAGCUGAGUGGGCAGAUCACUGUCAGGACAAGCACCUCAGAACAGGUCCAGAUCGCACUCCUGGGUCUCAUACCGGUUGCAGCCUCCAUCUACAGGAGCUUCCGGCCCAGUGAACCGUCCUUUGCUUAUUAGCUUGUCUGGAGGAGUCCCAGUUUUAUUAUUUCAUAACCAUAUCGUUUCUCUUAGCAAUUUUCCUUUUCAUAUGAACCAUGUUUCCUUAUGUUUUAGUUCGCUCUGUAAUUCCUAUCAUAAUUUUGGCUGAAGAGGGUUGUGAGAUUUAUCUGGAACUAUAGCUGAAUAAAUAAUGUCGCGGGAUGUACGGUCCUUGUGGUUACCAAUCUGUUAUAGCGUUUUUAAGUCUGUUCUGAUUAUUCUUGUGAUUAUCAAUCUAUUAGUGUUUCUAAGUC